AGAGAAGAAAGAAGAAGAAGAAGAAGAAGAAGAAGAAGAAGAAGAGAAGAAGAAGAAAGAAGAAGAAGAAGAAGAAGAAGAAGAAGAGAAGAAGAAGAAGAAGAAGAAGGGUGUCCAUUCAGUUUAGACAGCUACUUACACAAGCAAUCACUCUUGGAUGUUGUAUGCGCAAGGUCAACAAUGGCUUAAUCGGCAUCACAUUGUGGGAAGAGCCGUGGACUGGAGUAAGCAAAGUUGGCUUCAGUGUCUCCCUUCAUAUUUCUCUUUCGGAACGUAAAAUAGUUUUAAUUGUUGAUUGAACACUGUGGCACCCUGGGAUUGUAGCAACAACCCAUAUUUGGAAAGACUUUUGGUAUAGGGGUUUUUAGGCUAAGGCCCGACCCAUGGAUAACCCGUAAUAUGAGGCCCCUAGUUAAAAGAGUUUUAAAACCAGGCCCCGAAUUGAAAAUAAAUUUAAUGAAAGUUGAAAUGACUAAAUUAGCCUCAAGUAUAUAAGAGUCUUCACCUAGGUUUUCUCUCACACAAACACAUUUAUUUUCAUUUUAGGAGAGAGAAAACGGAUCUCAUCUGAAAAAUUUGCAGAGAAAUAUUUUUUUAGAUUCGACAAACGAAAACCAAAACACAGGUAGGUUUUUGAUCAAAUCUUGUUCUCCCUGUAUAAUCUUUUCUUCUUCUUCUUCCUGUUUAGUCUUCCCGACCAAUUUGUUGAUUGAUUUAAUCUUUUCAUCUUCUUUUUCUUCCCUGUUUAAUCUUUUUCUUCUUCCUGUUUAAAUCUUCUAGCCGAAAAACCAGAAGAACAAACCUAGAAGUAGUUUUGUGAUCUGUUUGCUGAGGGGAAAAAAAAAGAAGCGAAGAAAGAUUCAGGAGAUAAUCAAAUGGCAAGAGGAAGAAGGAAUCCACCUGAAGAAGAUCUUGCAUUAACAUGUAUUAUGAUUCUUUCACUUCAAGAUGCCAUUUACUAUUGGGGAAAGUUAAGACACUCAUUGAAUGCAGUUCAAGAUUUGGUGAAAGAAAUAAAACCAAUAGGGCUAUCUGACAGAGUUAAAAUGUAUCUUAGGAAAGCGCCUUAUGGUGAUCUUGUCAUGUUGUAUUACGAUGAAUUCGAUGUUGCUGCUCCAAAGAACAUGAAACAAAUAACAACUAACAAGCAUGGGGUUUUGAAGAUUUUAAACUGCUUUUAUAGAGAUUUUGACGUACCAUAUGCAUUUAAAUUUGGAGAAAACUUUAUAGAGUCUACACCGGAAAAGUUUGCUGGUAUAACUGAAAUGAAAAGGAUUGGAAGUAGAAGAGGUCAAAAGUUGAUACAAAGGUUUAAUGUAAAGAAGGUGGAUGAAAACGUAUUAUACAGCAAAUAUUUUUCUGAUAUCAAAGAAACACAACAUUCAACGUCAGUGACCAAGAAGAAGAUUAUGAAGACAAUAAUAGAAGUUAUGAAGAAGAAAAUGAGAAGAACAAAACUUGAGGAUAAGCAUGUAGUUUUUUUGAUAGGUUUUUAUUUGUGUUGUGUACUUUUUUUUGGCGACAAAAAUGCUAGCUCAGUAAAUAUUAAAUAUCUUGCACUUGUCGAAACUUAUGAAACUGUUCUCGAGGUCUCCUGGCUAGAUGUGGUACAUGAGCAUUUGUUCGAAGAAAUACUAAAAAAUGCAGAAUGUCCUUCAAACGUGAAGGGUUGUGUGCAAUACAUACUCAUAGGGAUAAUGUUUUUGCUUGAUUGUUGUUCAAGUAGUUUUACUGCUGAGUUUUAG